AUGGCGAAGUCAAACAUCACAUGGGAAUGUACAGAGUGCACCCAAAACAAGAGAAGAUCUAUUGUUCGAGAAAUCAGCUCAGAUGAUGAAGAUAACCCUGAUGAGGAUGAGAGAAUCACAAUUGGAGACAUUAUGAGGGAGAUGAGAAGUAAUCAUGAAAGAGUUACCAUGGAUAUGCAGAUCUUCCGUAGGGAGGUCACUCAGACUCUACAGUUUUUGUCGGACUCAUUUGAGGAACUGAAACAGGAGAACAAGUUGAUCAAGGAAAAAUUGGAAGGGGAGCAGAAAAAGUUAAAUAUUGCUAAUGCUAGGAUAAAAGUAUUGGAGGAAAGAAUGGAUGAGAUUGAACAGGCAAGUAGGAACAGGAACAUUAUACUGACUAAUGUGCCUACACAAGAAUCAGAAAAUACCAAUGAGCUGGUGCGAAAGAUAGUUCAAACUGUACAUGUUGACUUAAGUGGAGAGGAAUUUGUGUCAGCACGUAUUUCUAGAAAACCUAAUGCACCAAUCCUGGUCAAGUUGAAAACUGAAGAUACUAGAAGGAAAAUACUGGAAAAGCGUAAAACUUACGGAACACUGAGGAUGAAUGACUGUGGUUUUCAGCAGGAAAACAUCGUUUAUUUCAAUGAAGAUCUACCACGGUACAAACAAGAACUAUAUGCCAAGGCCAGGAAUUUCAAGAAGGAACAUCAAUAUGCUUAUGUAUGGGUGAAAGACGGGAAAAUAUUCAUCAGGAAAACCGAAGCAGCAAGACCACUUCAUAUUAGAUCGGAAAAGGAUCUAGAACACCUAGAUCAAUAA